AUGGCGGCCGCCCUGCCCGGGCUGUGCCGGGCCCGGCUCAUCGCCGCGCUGCUCCUCAGCUGCUGCGGGGCAGCGCUGGCCGGCGGCGUCCAGGAUCAAGCAGAACAGUUCUUCAGAAGUGGACAUACAAAUAACUGGGCGGUUUUGGUGUGUACGUCUCGAUUCUGGUUUAAUUAUCGUCACGUGGCAAACACCCUUUCAGUGUACAGAAGUGUCAAGAGGCUGGGCAUUCCUGAUAGCCACAUUGUCCUGAUGCUGGCAGAUGACAUGGCCUGCAAUCCCCGAAAUCCCAAACCUGCUACCGUGUUCAGCCAUAAAAACAUGGAGCUGAAUGUCUAUGGAGAUGAUGUGGAGGUGGAUUACAGGAGCUAUGAGGUCACUGUGGAAAAUUUCCUGCGUGUGUUAACGGGGAGGAUCCCACCGAGCACCCCACGGUCUAAACGGCUUCUCUCUGAUGACAGAAGCAACAUUCUGAUAUAUAUGACAGGCCAUGGGGGAAACGGUUUCCUCAAAUUUCAGGAUUCUGAGGAAAUCACCAAUGUAGAACUGGCUGAUGCCUUCGAACAAAUGUGGCAGAAAAGGAGGUACAACGAGCUGUUGUUUAUUAUUGAUACUUGCCAAGGAGCAUCCAUGUAUGAACGGUUUUAUUCACCCAACAUAAUGGCCUUGGCUAGCAGCCAAGUAGGAGAAGAUUCUUUGUCACAUCAGCCUGACCUUGGGAUUGGUGUUCAUCUCAUGGACAGAUACACCUUCUACGUGCUGGAGUUCUUGGAAGAAAUUCAUCCUGCCAGUCAGACAAAUAUGAACGACCUGUUUCAGGUGUGCCCGAAAAGCUUGUGUGUUUCCACGCCGGGCCAUCGAACCGAUCUCUUCCAGCGGGACCCCGGGAACGUUCUGAUCACGGAUUUCUUCGGCAGCGUGCGCAAGGUGGAGAUCACGGCAGAGACGCUCGCUCUGGACCGGGACGUGGCUGCUUUUGAGAGCAGGUUUCCAGAGGAUGAGUUGGCUGCAGAACCACUAAAAUACGCUGAACAACUUCCCGUAGCUCAGAUCAUACACCAGGUAUGUCUUUCUGUUUUCAGCAUUUCUUUGAAAAUAUAGAACAUCUGUUACACU